GUAGGUAUUCAAUCCUACAAGAAGGUACUCAUAUUCAAUCAUGUCUCUCACCAACGCUCUCCCAGAAGAUGCUGCAAAAGGAGCAAAGGCGGCAUCACAUAUCCUGGCAACCUUGCCAACCUCUUCCCGGAACGAUGCUUUGACAGCAAUCCAUGCGGCUCUCUCUGCAUCCAAAGAGGAAAUUCUAGCUGCUAAUGCUAAGGAUUUAGAAUUGGCUCAUAAAGCUGCUGAAAAUGGAGAACUGAGUCUCAGUAUUGUAUCACGAUUAGACUUGGGAAAGAAAGGAAAAUGGGAGGAUAUGCUGAAGGGCAUAUUAGAUGUUCGGGAGCUUGAGGAUCCUGUUGGAAAAGUCACCUUGCGGACAAGACUUGAUGAUGGCCUUGAUUUAGAGAGGGUUUCUUGCCCAAUUGGUGUGCUUCUAAUUAUAUUUGAAGCUCGCCCUGAAGUUAUCGCCAAUAUUGCUUCGCUUGCUAUCAAGUCAGGCAAUGCGGCAAUUCUCAAAGGCGGAAAGGAAUCAACGGAGUCAUUCAUUGCUAUCUCGAAAGUCAUUUCGAAGGCAUUAGAAUCCACAAAAGUACCAAAUACCGCCAUCCAACUUGUCACCACUCGAGAUGUUAUUCCUCAACUCCUUGCGCAAGAUAGGUAUAUCGACCUGGUCAUUCCUAGAGGCUCGAAUGAGCUCGUCCGCUACAUCAAAUCCAACACCAAGAUCCCAGUUCUCGGUCACGCCGAUGGUAUUUGCUCGAUCUAUCUGGAACAUACAGUCGAUCCAGCACUAGCAACUAAAGUUAUCGUCGACUCAAAAACCUCAUAUCCUGCCGCUUGCAACAGUGUUGAAACGCUUCUGGUUGAGGAUUCCGCCUUGGGAACGGUACUUCCAACUGUUGCUGAAGCUUUACUAGCGAAGGGCGUCUCGCUUCGGUGCGAUGCAGCAAGCAAGAAAGCACUCACCGCUAAGCUCUCGUCACACUCCUCGGUCAUUCUGCGGGAUGCCGAGGAGGCUGACUUCGAUACUGAGCACCUCUCUCUCGUGUUGGCUAUUAAGGCAGUCCCAAACAUCUCCGAUGCCAUCUCGCAUAUCAAUUUCCAUGGCUCUCACCACACCGACGCAAUUCUCACCUCCUCUGCACCUCUGGCCGAGCAGUUUAUGGCAAGUAUAGACUCUGCAGGAGUGUUUUGGAACACAUCAACCCGUAUGGCAGAUGGCAUGCGUUUUGGUUUCGGGACAGAAGUGGGCAUCAGCACCAACAAGAUCCACGCGAGAGGUCCAGUCGGCUUGGAAGGUCUAAUGAUCUAUAAGUACAAGAUCCGAGGUGGUGGUCAGGUAUCGCUGGAGUAUGGGGAGGGAGCAGGGCAGAAGAGUUUCAAGCAUGAAAAAAUAGCCUUUUAAUUUGAAAAUAGCGAGUUUGAUGAUAU